CCUCAUCUCUCGUUAUAGCCAGAAAGUUAAAGGAGGAGGAAGAAGAAGAGAAACAAGGAAAGCGGCAAUGGCGACGUCCGUGGCAUCGACUCCGGCCAUCGUCGGCCAAUUCAAGGGAAGGAUCGCUACCAGAGGUCUUCUUGCUCCCAAGGGCAUCUCAGGGAUUCCCCUCAGAGUCUUGCCGUCCAGGAGAACGUCUACCACCUUCACCGUCAGAGCCGUGCAGACCGACAAGCCAUACCAAGUGAUAGAGCCACUCAAUGGCGAUCCCUUCAUCGGAAGUCUAGAGACUCCCAUCACUUCCAGCCCUCUCAUAGCCUGGUACCUCUCCAACCUGCCCGCCUACCGGACUGCCGUGAGCCCACUUCUCCGUGGGAUUGAGGUCGGCCUAGCCCAUGGCUACCUCCUGGUUGGACCCUUUGUCAAGACCGGUCCAUUGAGAAACACUAUCUAUGCUGGAUCUGCUGGGUCUUUGGCUGCUGGUGGGCUGGUUGUGAUCCUUUCCAUCUGCCUGACCAUGUAUGGAGUUGCAUCAUUCAAUGACGGUGAGCCAUCUACGGGGCCGACGCUCACCUUGACCGGAAGGAAGAAGGAAGCAGACAAGCUUUUUACUGCAGAUGGCUGGGCUGCCUUCUCGGGUGGGUUCUUCUUUGGAGGCAUCUCUGGUGUCAUCUGGGCCUACUUCCUCCUCUAUGUUCUUGACCUCCCCUACUACAUCAAGUGAAGUUCUGAAGUCUCUUCUACUUUGUUGGGUGGGUGGGCUUUGGAUGUUUCAUGUGCCUGAGGGGAUGGACAUAUUAUGUUGGAAGUGUAUAUUAGCUGGAUUAAUGGACCUGUUUUGAUGCUUCUUCCUGCAAA